CCGCCGCACGUGUGUUGCGCGAUGCGCCCCCCGCUGCCCCGCGCCCCCCGCCGACUCGCGCGUGCUCGUGCCCUGUGACCGCAGUGAGUGUUCUGUGUGGACGCCCGCUUCCGCGACUGUGGCGCGAUGAUGGCGCGACACCGCACGCUCUGAAUCGGAUGCGAUUUGUCGCAACGUAUUUCUGUACCUCCAAGUGCGUGGUGGCGCGCAGGAUGUGCGCGUGCGCGUGGCGCCUGCACGUCUUCACCGCCGCGCUCGUGCUCGCCGCGCAUCUCAUCAAAGUGCUGUCGUGCGGCGAGGCGGGCGCGGGCCCUCGGCUGCACAAGCGCUACGUGGGGCUGUACACGGGGCCCUACUUCGACCCCUCCGCGCCCAACAACAUCACCACGCAGCUCGGCACGCACGCCUACUUGCCCUGCAAGGUGCGGCAGCUCAGCAACAAGUCGGUGUCGUGGAUCCGACGCCGCGACGCGCACAUCCUCACCGUGGACCGCUUCACCUUCAUCGCGGACGAGCGCUUCCAAGCCUUCCUCGUCGAGGCCACCGACACCUGGACCCUGCAGGUGAAGUACGUGCAGGCGCGCGACGCCGGCGUCUACGAGUGUCAGGUGGGCACCGAGCCCAAGAUGAGCCACUUCGUGCAGCUCAACGUAGUAGUGCCAAAGAUCGAGAUUGUGGGCGAGUCGGACCUGUACGUGAAAGCGGGCACGACGGUGAGCCUGAAGUGCGUGAUCACGCAGGCGCUGGAGGAGCCCGCCUACAUCUUCUGGUACCACAACGACGAGCGCGUGCUCAACUACGACAAGAGCCUCGUCGAGAUCCGCAUGGAGCGCGUCGCGCCCGACACCACGGUGGGCAACCUCAUCAUCUACAGUCCGCGGCGCGAGGACUCCGGCAACUAUUCUUGCUCGCCCUCCAAUCUUGACUCCGCCUCCGUCAUGCUGCACGUGCUCAGCGGUGAACAGCCAGCGGCCAUGCAGCACGGGAACGCGGCGGGGCGCGCGGGCGGCACGCCGCCGGCCGCGCUGUUGCCGCUCUGUGCGCUAGGCGCCGCGCCCGCGCUGCUGCCGCUCUGUGCACCCGCGCUGCUCAGGCUACUGCUGCUUCUCGUGGCCGCACUACUCUUUCCGUUGAUGUGUCACGACGAAGAUGACGGCAAAUAGCGGAGCGAGGUGUGAGCCCAGCGCUUCGCCGGAGUGUACAGACAGUGCCGCGCGCGCGAGUGUGAGUGCGCGAGUGAGCGAGUGUGUGUGUCACCUCACGUCCAACACUACGCAUCCGAUGCAUAGUGGUUAAGUUAAAUGUAUUGUAUAAAUUUCAAAUGUAUUACUUAGAUAAUCGAACGGUCUGUCGUACGCGUUGUGAUAUGAACGAUGUGAGAACAUAAAUUUAAUUGCGAAAUUAUUCGUAUCGGUACCUACCUACUAAAAUUUAUAUUAUGGGAAACAAAACUAUGUACAUAGGCUGACGAGGUGAGCGAAGCUGCACCCAGAGCGCAGCUCCGCUCGGCUGUCCUUCACAUUUGUAAAAUUGUACAUAUUAUUAUAAAUGAUUACUAUUAAUUGUAUUUAUAGUAACAUUAAUUAAUCUCCGCGCGAAUGUUGCGAUGCGGCAUGUUAUGUGUGUCUCCAUAUGAGCCAGGCGGCAUGAGUACGGCGCGUGAGUCGCACCGCGUGAGUCGCGCCGCGUGGUUCAUGCCGCGUGGGCAUAGGCACGCGUCAAGCCGGACCGUAGCUCUGCGUGACUACUCAUAGUAACAUCGAAAUCGUUUUAACCGCUGUGGUCCGCAGAACGCCGGCACUCGGACAUUUGUUUAACAGUACAAACUGCAACGGAAUUGUAUCGUCUGUGAAUUGACCGAAGUAUUAUAAUGUGUCGUUGUUAAGCGAGCGGUCCCCGGCGCGCUCCUCUCGAAUGUCUAGCGUUGUAUUAUAUAGUGAGUACGGCACGGCGCCGCGCUGAGAGCUGAGAGCUGUGCGGGAGGCAGCGCCGGGGGCCGCGCGCCCCGCACCGUGAUUGUUUCUUUAACUGAAUGCAUGUCGAACAGUGGUCCCGAGUUGAAUAAGUUUGGUUUGUUGACACUGUUACUGCCUCACUUGUAAAUAUAUAAAUGUAAGUAAUACAAAAUAAAGAUGAAAUCGUUGAAACAUU